AUGAGGUCGGGGGUGGCCCGGGGCCUCCCCGGCCUGCUGGUCCUCCUGCUGCCGUUGCUGCGGCCGCCCCCGGCCCGGGGGUCCGAGCCCCGCCAGGUGUUCCAGGUCCUGGAGGAGCAGCCCCCCGGGACCCCGGUGGGCACGGUGCCCACCCGGCCGGGCUUCACCUACCGGCUGAGCGAGAGCCACGCGCUCUUCGCCCUGGACGGGCGCACGGGGGCCCUGACCACCCGGGCCCGCAUCGACCGCGAGAGCCUGGCCGCCGACGCCGUGGGCCUGCUGGUCCUGUCCAGCGCCCCCACCUACCCCACCGAGGUGCGGGUGCUGGUGCGGGACCUCAACGACAACGCGCCCGUCUUCCCCGAGCCGUCCGUGGCCGUGACCUUCAAGGAGGACAGCCACGGCGGGCGGCGGGUCAUCCUGGACACCGCCACGGACGCGGACGCCGCCGCCAACGGGGUGGACCACGCCUCCUACCGCCUGGUCCGGGGCAACGAGGAGGGCCGCUUCCGGCUGGACGUCACCCUCAACCCCGGCGGGGAGGGGGCCUUCCUGCACCUGGUGUCCCGGGGCGGGCUGGACCGGGAGACCACGGCGGCCUACGGGCUCCUGGUGGAGGUGGAGGACAAGGGGGAGCCGCGGCGGCGGGGGGCCCUGCGGGUCAACGUCACCGUGCAGGACGUCAACGACAACCCGCCCGUCUUCGACCGGCCCCGCUACGAGGCGGCCGUGCGGGAGGACGCGGCCGUGGGGUCCGGCGUGCUGCGGGCCCGGGCGGCCGACGCCGACGAGGGCCCCAACGGGGCCGUGCGCUACCGGCUCCAGGACGAGGCCGGGCCCUUCCGGCUGGACCCGGCCACGGGGCUCAUCACCGUGGGCCGGCCGCUGGACUUCGAGGCCCGGGCCCAGUACUCGCUGACCCUGCAGGCCCUGGACGGCGGGAGCCCGCCGCUGACGGGCCGGGCCGAGGCCCUGAUCCGCCUGCUGGACGUCAACGACAACGACCCCGUGGUCAGGUUCCGCUACUUCCCCGCCACCUCGCGCUUCGCCUCGGUGGACGAGAACGCCCAGCCGGGCACCGUGGUGGCCCUGCUGACCGUCACCGACGCCGACUCGCCCGCCGCCAACGGCGACGUCUCGGUCCGCAUCCUGGCGGGCAACGAGCAGGGCCACUUCGCCGUGCAGGGCAGCAAGGUGCCCAACCUGAGCCUCAUCAAGGUGGCCGGGGCCCUGGACCGGGAGCGCAUCCCCUCCUACAACCUGACCGUGUCGGUGGCCGACAACGCCGGGGCCGGGGACGGGGGGCCCUCGCGCUCCUCGGCCGCCAGCCUGGUCAUCCUGGUCAACGGCGUCGACGACCGCCCGCCGGCCUUCGCCCGGCCCGUCUACCGGGCGGCCCUGAGCGAGGGGGCGCCCCCCGGGAGCUUCGUGGCCGGGCUGGCGGCGGCGGCCGCCGGCGGCGGGGCCGCCGCGGGCCCCGGGGCCGCCCUCCGCUACAGCAUCGUCGGGGGCGACGCCCCCGGCUGGUUCCGCAUCAGCGAGGACAGCGGGCUGGUGACCACGGGCCCCGCGGGGGGCCCGACCGGGAGCGCGCCCGCGGUGGUCCUCAACGUCAGCGCCCGCGACCGGGGGGCCCGGCCCCGCGUGGCCUACGCCCGGCUGGAGGUCACGGUCCUGGACGUCAACGACCGGGCCCCCGCCUUCGCCCGGCCCGGGGGCUACCGGGCGGCCGUGGCCGAGGGCGCCCCCGCCGGGACCGGGCUCCUGGUCCUGGAGGCGGCCGACGGGGACCUGGGCGAGAACGGGACCGUGCGCUUCUCCCUGGCCGACGACCACGGCGGGGCCUUCCGCCUGGACCCCGAGUCGGCCCUGACCAACCGGCCGCCCGCUGGACGGGAGGCCCGCCCCGCCUACUCCCUCCUGGUCCUGGCCACGGACCUGGGGGCCCCGCCCCGGUCCGCCGCCGCCCGGGUCGACGUGACCGUCCUGGACCUCAACGACAACAGCCCGGCCUUCUACCCGCUGCGCUACUUCGCCCGGGUGCGGGAGGGCGAGCCGGCCGGCAGCCACGUGGCCGCCGUGACGGCCGGCGACCCGGACCUGGGCCCCAACGGGACCGUCCGCUACAGCCUCCGGGCCGGGGACGCCUCCCGCUUCCGCGUCCACCCGCGGACCGGGGCCGUGACCACGCGGGCCGCCCUGGCCCGGGGGGAGGCCGCCGCCCACCGGCUGGAGGUGGCGGCCACCGACGGGGGCGGCCGCCGGGCCGACCCCCCGGCCCUGGUGACGGUGGCCGUGCUGGGGCCCCGCGACGGCCCGCCCGUCUUCAGCCCGGCGGCCUACGGCUUCGUGGUCUUCGAGAACGCGGCCCCCGGCACGCCCGUGGGGGCCGUCUCCGCCGCCGCCCCGGACCCGGACGGCGACCUCGCCUACCUCAUCGCCGCCGGCGACCCCGCGGGGGCCUUCGCCGUGGACCCGGCCAGCGGGCGGCUGAGCACCGCCGGGCCCCUCGACCGGGAGGAGCGGGCCUCCUACCGGCUGCGGGUGGUGGCCAGCGGCGGGGCCGGGGCCGGCGAGGCCGAGGUCAACGUCACCGUGCGCGACCUCAACGACAACGCCCCCCGCUUCGCCCGGCCCGCGGAGCGCGCCGACGUGGUGGAGGACUGGGCCGCCGGGCGGACCGUCUUCCGGGCCCGGGCCGAGGACCCGGACGAGGGGCCCAACGGCGCCGUGGCCUACGGCCUGGAGGGGCCGCCGGGGGCCCCCUUCGCCGUGGACCGGGAGACCGGCGCCGUCCGCCUGCUGGGGCCGCCCGGCCCCCCGGGCCGCGUCUACGCGCUGACCGUGGUGGCCUGGGACCUGGGGGUCCCCCGCCGCUCCUCCCGCCUGCCCCUGACCGUCACCGUCCGCGACGUCAACGACCACCCGCCCGUCUUCGACCAGCUGUCCUACGAGGUGGCCCUGCCCGAGUCGGCCCCCGUCAACGCGCGCUUCUUCCGGGUCCGGGCCACCGACCCCGACGCGGGGGCCAACGGCCGGGUGGCCUACUCCCUGGCCGCCGGCGGGGACGACGACGGCGACUUCGGGGUCUUCCCCGACGGCCAGCUCUACGUCCGGCGCGGGCUGGACCGGGAGCGGCGGGACCGCUACCGCCUGCGGGUGGCGGCCGCCGACGGGGCCGUGGAGCCGCUGAGCGCCACCGUGGAGGUGGCGGUGGUCCUGGAGGACGUCAACGACAACCGGCCCCUCUUCGACCGCACCCACUACGUCUUCCACCUGGACGAGGAGCGGCCGGCCGGCUCCCCCGUGGGGCGGGUGGCGGCCGCCGACCGGGACGCCGGCCGCAACGGGGAGGUCCGCUACGCGCUGGAGGCCGGCCAGCCCCCCGACUUCGAGCUGGACCCGGUCAGCGGCCUGCUGGUCAGCGCCCGCCGCUUCGACCGCGAGGCCCUGACCCGGCGGCUGGGGGCGGCCGCCUUCACCCUGGCCGUGGUGGCCGCCGACCGCGGCCUGCCCCGCCCGCUCGGGGACCGGGCCACCGUGCAGGUCCUCGUCCGGGACGUCAACGACCACCCCCCCCGCUUCCCCCGCGACCUCUACCGGGCCUCCGUCUCCGAGGCGGCCCCGGCCCGCACCCCCGUGGUCCGCGUGGCGGCCGCCGACGCCGACGAGGGCCCCAACGGGCUGGUCCGCUACGCCAUCGCCGCGGGGAACGAGGAGAACCGCUUCGCCCUGGACGGCGGCACGGGCCAGCUGACCCUGGUCGGGCCCCUCGACCGGGAGGCCACCGCCUCCUACGCCCUGGCCAUCCGGGCGGCCGACGGCGGGCCCGUCCCGCUGGCCUCCACCUGCACCGUCAGCGUGGAGGUCCUGGACGAGAACGACCACGCCCCGGCCUUCCCCCGCCCGGCGCUGCUGGUGGACGUGCCGGAGGACGCCCGGGUGGGCCAGCUGGUCGCCUCGGUCUCGGCCACCGACGCCGACGCGGGCGACAACGCCGACCUGCGCUACGGCCUGGACGGGCCCGACCGCCACCUGGGGGCCUUCAGCGUCGGCGCCCACACCGGCGGCGUCUUCCUGGCCCGGCCGCUGGACUUCGAGACCCGGCCGGCCUACCGGCUCAACGUCACGGCCCGGGACCGCGGGCGGCCCCCGCGCUCGGCCGCCGUGGCCCUCCUCAUCCGCGUGCGGGACUCCAACGACAACGCGCCCAGCUUCCCCCCGGGCGAGGUGGUCCGCACCGUGCCCGAGGACCUGCCCGUCGGCAGCCCGGUGGUCUCCGUGCCCGCCCGCGACCCCGACGCCGGGGACAACGGGCGGCUGACCUACGCCAUCGUCCGCCAGGCGCCCCGCGGGGCCCACUUCCGCAUCGACGGGGCCACGGGGACCGUCUACACCCGGGCCGAGAUCGACCGCGAGGUCUCCCCGGCCUUCCUCCUCACCGUCCGGGCCAGCGACGGGGCCCGGCCCCCCGAGAGCCGGCGGAGCGCCCUGAAGAACGUCACCGUCCUGGUGGCCGACGUCAACGACAACGCCCCCGUCUUCGUCUCCCAGGACGCCCUGGCCGCCGACCCCUCCGCCGCCGGGGUCGGCUCCGUCCUGGCCGCCCUGGCGGCCUCCGACCCGGACGAGGGCCCCAACGGCGAGGUGGAGUACGAGAUCGUGGGCGGCGACGGGGACGUCUUCGCCCUGGACCGGCGCAGCGGCGAGCUGCGGGUGGCCGCCCCCCUGGCGCCCUCCCGCCUCACCUACGCCCUCGUGGUGGCCGCCACCGACCGGGGCCCCGAGAGGCGGCGGGCCACCAGCGAGGUGACCGUCGUCCUCCGCGGCCGGGGCCCCGUCUUCACCCAGCCCCGCUACGUCACCGUCCUCAAGGAGGGCGAGCCCGUGGGCACCGACGUCAUCGCCGUGGAGGCCGCCGGGCCCGGGGGCCCCGCCGCCGCCGCCUCCGCCGUGGAGUAUUACAUCGUCUCCGUGCGCUGCCGGGACCGGAGCCUGGGCCGCCUCUUCACCGUGGGCCGGCGCAGCGGCCUCGUCCGCCGGCCGCCGUCCUGGAACAGGGAGCAGGGCGCGCACUCCUACCUGGUGGACGUCUACGCCGUCGAGAGGUCGACCGCCUUCCCCCGGACCCAGCGGGCCGAGGUGGAAAUAACGCUGCAGGACAUCAACGACAACCCGCCGGUGUUUCCGGCUGAUCUGCUCGACCUGACCGUGGAGGAGAAUAUCGGAGACGGCACCAAGAUCACGCAGCUCACAGCCGUGGAUGCCGACGAGGGAGGCAACGCCCUGGUGACAUACAGCAUCGUCAGCGGAGCGGACGGAAGCUUCCGGGUGGACCCGGAGUCCGGCGACCUCAUCGCCACGCGCAAGCUGGACCGGGAACGACGCUCCAAAUACUCCCUGCUCGUCCGGGCGGACGACGGCCUCCAGUCCUCCGACGUGCGCGUCAACAUCACCGUCAGCGACGUCAACGACCACGCGCCCCGCUUCACCCGCCCCGUCUACUCCUUCGACGUCCUGGAGGACACGGCCCCAGGUUCCCUCGUGGCCUCCAUCUCAGCCACCGACCCCGACUCGGGAACCAACGGAGAAGUGACCUACGUAGUGAGCGAAGACGACGGAGACGCCGCCUUCUUCCUGAACCCCGUCACCGGGGUCUUCAAUUCCACCCAGCCCCUGGAUUACGAGGGACAGCGUUAUUUCAUCCUCACGGUGCAGGCCCGGGACGGGGCCGGCCUCUUCACUGCCGUCAGGGUUUAUUUCAACAUCCUGGACGUCAACGACAACGCCCCCGUCUUCGCCUCGUCCUCCUACAGCACCACGCUGAUGGAAGAUCUCCCCGUCGGGUCCAGCAUUCUCACCUUCAACGUCACCGACGCGGACGACGGCCUCAACUCCCGGCUGGUGUUCGGCCUAGCGUCCGGAGACCCCCUGGGCCAGUUCUCCGUCGACCGGGAGGGCGUCCUCCGCACCCGGCGGGCCCUGGACCGCGAGAGCCAGUCCUUCUACAACCUGGUGGUCCAGGCCCACGACCUGGCCCCGCCACCGGCCACCCGCCUCACCGCCUCGGCCCAGGUGUCCGUCGUCCUGCUGGACGUCAACGACAACCCCCCGCGCUUCGUCUCCCCGAACCUGACCUACGUCCCGGAGAACACCCCGGCCGACACGGUGGUCUUCCGGGCCGAGGCCACCGACGCGGACAGCGGCCCCAACAGCUACGUGGAGUACAGCCUGGCCGGGGAGGGGGCCCCGGCCUUCCGGGUGGGCACCGUCGACGGCGAGGUGAGGCUGGUGGGCCCCCUGGACCGCGAGGAGGCCGCCGAGCUCGCCGUGACCGUGGUGGCCACCGACAAGGGCGGCCCGGCCCUCUCCGCCUCGGCCGAGGUGCGGGUGGUCGUGCUGGACGUCAACGACAACGACCCCGUCUUCUCCCGGGGGGCUUACGAGGUGGAGGUGGAGGAGGGGGCCCUGGCCGGCACGGACCUGCUGAGGGUCUCGGCCUCGGACGCGGACGAGGGGCCCAACGGGGAAGUGCGCUACGCCCUCGUGGCCGGGGCCGCCGACCGCGAGUUCCGCCUGGACUCGGUCACCGGGGUCCUGUCGGUGGGCGGGCCCCUGGACCGCGAGGAGAAGGCCGAGUACCGGCUGACCGUCCAGGCCUCCGACCGAGGGGGCAGCCCCCGCACGGCCACCGCCCUGGUCGCCGUCCUCCUCGGGGACGUCAACGACUUCGCGCCCGUCUUCGACCCGUCGCCCUAUUCCCUCGACGUGCCCGAGAACGGGCGAGACUCCCCGAGGACCGUCCUCCAGGUGGUAGCCAGAGAUGACGACCAAGGCGUCAACAGCCAGCUGACGUAUUCCCUAGCCGGGGGGAACGAAGACACGGCCUUCACCCUCUCCUCCAGCGGAGAGCUUCGGCUAGUACGGAGUCUGGAUCGGGAGACCAAGGACCGAUUCGUUUUGAUAGUCACGGCAACGGACGGAGGGUCCCCGGCGCUGACGGGCACUGGCACCGUGAUCGUGACCGUGGAGGAUGAAAAUGACAAUACUCCCACCUUCGCCCGCUCCCUGUUCACCGCCAGCAUCUCCGAGGACGCGCCGGCGGGCACCGACGUCCUGCUGGCCAACUGUUCCGACGCCGACGCCUCCUCCAACGCCCUCGUCAGUUACCAACUCACCGGCGGGGAAUCCCAAUUCUCCAUCAACCCCUCGACCGGCCAGAUCAUCACCAGCGGCCCGUUGGACCGCGAGACUCAAGCCAACUACACCCUGAUCGUGGUGGCCCGCGACGGAGGAGACCCCCUGGCCCUCUCCAGCUCCGCCACGGUGCUGGUGUCCGUGGCCGACGUGAACGACAACCCCCCGAGAUUCCAGCAUCACCCCUACGUCACCCACGUCCCGUCCCCCGCGGCGGCGGGUCUGUUUGUCUUUGCGGUGACCGUCACCGAUCCCGACACGGGCCCCAACUCCGAACUGCACUUCUCCCUGUCGGGGAGCCACUCGGAGAGAUUCCGCAUCGACCCCACCCGCGGGGCCAUCACGGCGGCCGAGCCCCUGGCCGGGGAGGCCGAGGUGACCUUCUCGGUUCACGUGCGGGACGGCGGGCGGUCCCCCCAGGCCGACUCCACCACGGUGACCGUCCGCUUCGCGGCCGCGGGGGACUUCCCCCGCGUCCGGGCCGAAGGGAGGUCCUUCCUGUUCCCCGAGAGCCAGCAGGUGGGCAGCCCGGUCACCGUGGUGACGGGGACCUCGUCCCGGGCGGGCCCCCUGUCCUACCACGUGGCCAGCGGGAACUUCGGCGGGGCCUUCCACGCCGACCAGCUGACGGGGCAGGUGACCACCGGCCGACCGCUGGACUUCGAGGCCAUCCAGAGGUUCGUCGUGUGGAUCGAGGCCCGGGACGCCGGCUUCCCGCCGUUCUCCUCGUACGAACGGCUGGAGGUGGAGGUGCAGGACGUCAACGACAACGCCCCCGACUUCCGGGAGGACCCCUUCGUGGCGGAGAUCGCGGAGAACCUGCCCCCCCGCCGGGUGCUGGCCGUGGCCGCCGCGGACCGGGACAGCGGCCCCAACGGCCAGCUGGACUACGGGAUCGUGGCGGGGAACGAGGAGGGCCACUUCGCCAUCCACCGGGCCACGGGGGAGAUCAGGAGCACGCGGCCCCUGGACCGGGAGAGCGUCCCCCGGUACCGCCUCACGGUCCGGGCCUCGGACCGGGGGGACCCCCCCCGGAGCGCCACGGCUCGGGUGGUGGUCAACGUCCUGGACGAGAACGACCACUCCCCGCGCUUCUCCCAGCUGUUCAGCGCCUCGGUCCCCGAGAACGCCCCCGUGGGCUUCACCGUGACGCGGGCCACCACCUCGGACGAGGACGAGGGGCAGAACGCCGUGAGCCGCUACUCCAUCGCCGACUCCGGCCUCCCCUUCGCCAUCGACCCCAGCACGGGGGACAUCACCGUGAGCCGGCCCCUGGACCGGGAGGACGUGGCCCGCUACAGGAUCCGCGUGUCGGCCCACGACUCCGGCUGGACGGUCAGCACCGACGUGGCCGUGGCCGUCACCGACGUCAACGACAACGCCCCGCGCUUCCGCGAGCCCUCCUACUUCCUGGAGUGCCCGGAGCUCCCGGAGGUGGGCUCCGGGGUGGCCCGGGUGGCCGCCACCGAUCCCGACGAGGGGCCCAACGGCCAGGUCUUCUACCUCCUCAAGUCGCCGUCCGAGUUCUUCCGCGUCGACGCCGUCACGGGGGAGAUCUUCAACAAGCAGCCCCUGAGGUACCUCAACGGAACCGGGAGCGUCCACGCCAACCGGCACAGCUUCGUCGUCACGUGCUCGGACCGGGGCAGCCCCCCGCUGCUGAGCGAGACCACCGUCACCGUCCACGUCGUGGACGGCAACGACCACCCGCCGCGCUUCCUGAGCGCCGGCUACUCCACCCCGGUCCCCAAGGACGUCUCCGUCGGCACCAGGGUCAUCCAGGUGGCCGCCGCGGACGACGGGGACUUCGGCCUCAACUCGCGCGUGGAGUACCUGCUGACCGGCCAGGAGCCCGCGGCCCGAUUCGGCCUGGACGCCGAGACCGGGUGGGUGUCGGUGGCGGCCCCCCUGACGGGGGACGUGGACCGGACCUUCCGGCUGUCCGUCACCGCCCGGGACGGGGGCCGCCCGCCCCUGUCGGCCGGGGCCACGGUCCGGAUCCUGGUGACCGAGGCCAACGCCCACACCCCCGAGUUCCCCCGCGAUCGCGUGCGGGUGGAGGUGCCCGAGACCCUGGCCGUGGGGGCCGUGGUGUGCGUCCUGGCCGCCCGGGACGCCGACCCGGCCGAGAACGGCCUCCUGGCCUACGCCGUCUCGGCAGGCAACGGGGAGGGCCUCUUCGCCGUCAACGCCUCCACCGGGGUCCUGACCCUGGCCGGGGCCCUGGACUACGAGACGGGCCGGAGCCACGAGGUGACGGUCAGCGCCACCGACGGGGGCUGGGCGGCCCGCACCGGCUUCUGCGCCGUCACCGUGGACGUCCUGGACGUCAACGACAACCCGCCGGUCUUCGCCGGCGCCGAGUACACGCCCGAGGUGGCCGAGAACGCCCCCAGCGGCACGCCCGUGGUCACCCUCCGGGCCACCGACGCCGACUCGGGCCCCAACGCCGUGGUCGCCUACGCCCUGCACGAGGCCGACGGGGACCUGUUCGCCGUGGACCCCAACACGGGGGUCGUGAGCACCCAGGGCUUCCUGGACUACGAGACCCGGCGGGAGCACCGCCUCACCGUCAAGGCCUUCAACGUCCCCGACGAGGAGCGCUGCGCCUUCGCCGCCGUCACCGUCCGGGUCACGGGGGUCAACGAGUACAUCCCCCGCUUCGUGUCCGCCGCCUACGGCUUCGAGGUCUCCGAGGCCGCCCCGCCGGGCACCCCGGUGGGCCAGGUCUUCGCCGGCGACCGGGACCGGGGGCCCGACGGCGAGGUCUCCUACCUGCUCUUCGGCGAGAGCCGCCGCAAGGGCUUCCGGGUGGAGCGGGAGACGGGCCAGAUCUCGGUGGCGGGGCCCCUGGACCGCGAGAGGGAGGGGACGGUGGCCCUGAGGGUCCUGGCCAAGAACGCCGGCCCCAUCCGCGGGGCGGACGUGGAUGAGGUGGCCGUCAACGUCACCGUGCUGGACGCCAACGACCCACCCGUCUUCGGGGCCGAGACCUACCGGGUGCGCAUCAGCGAGGGGGUGCCCCCGGGCACCCACGUGACCUUCGUCGGGGCCGCCGACGCCGACUCCGUCCCCGCCUGGAGCCGCUUCUCCUACCGCGUGGGGCCGGCCGGCGGGGACGCCUUCUCCGUCCACCCGCAGACGGGGCAGGUCACCGUGACGGCCCCGCUGGACCGCGAGACGCUGCCCGUCUACAACCUGACCGUGCUGGCCGUGGACACGGGGACCCCCCCGGCCACGGGCCGGGCCGUCCUGCUGGUCACCCUGGAGGACGUCAACGACAACGGGCCCGUCCUGACCGUGGGCGAGGCCCGGGUGGCCGAGAACCAGCCCCCCGGCACGGUGGUGACCACCCUGAGGGCCUCCGACCCCGACCUCCCCCCGAACCAGGGUCCCUUCACCUUCCGGCUGCUGGGCGGCGGGCCGGCCGCCGACUACUUCGGCCUCAGCCCGGCCGGCCUGCUGACCACCGCCCGGGAGAUCGACCGGGAGCAGGUGAGCCGCUUCCUCCUGCCAGUGGUGGUCCGGGACUCCGGCCUCCCGCCCAUGUCCUCCACGGGGACCGUCCUCAUCCUGGUGGCCGACCGCAACGACAACCCCUCCCAGCCCCGCCCGCUGGAGGUCUUCGUCCACCACUACGGCGGCCCGUUCCCCGGCGGGGUCCUGGGCGGCGUCCGGCCGCUCGACCCGGACGAGGACGACGACUUCCGCUGCUCGCUGGCGUCCGGCCCGGCGGGCCUCUUCAGCGUCCCCGCCGGCACCUGUUCCCUGAGUGCCCGGGCCCGGGCGGCCGACGGGACCUUCGACCUCCGGGUCCUCGGGGACGACGGGGCCCACGGGCCGGUGGUCAGCGACGUCCGCGUCUCCUUCGCCGCCUUCGGCAACGCCACCUUGGACCACAGCAUCCUCCUCCGCCUGGCCGCCCCCUCGGCCGGCGCUUUCCUCGCCGCCCACUACCUGCCCCUCCUACAGAUCGCCGGCUCGCAGCUGAGCGGCCUGGGUGGGGGCCUCCAGCUCUACGGGCUCUACGAGGACGAGGAGGGCGGGGGCGCGUUCCUCCUGGCGGCCGUGAGGCGCGGCCCCCACAGGUACCUCAGCCCAGGCGGGGCGGCCGCCUUCUUCGAGAGCGUCAAGGAGUCGGUCUUCCGGCAGAGCGGCCUGAGGAUCGAGGAGGUGGAGCCGGACCCGUGCGCCCGGGGCCCCUGCCGCAACGGGGGUGCCUGCGCCCGCAGGCUGGCCGUGGGGCCCCUCUUCAAGAGCCGGGAGAGCCCCCCCGUCAUCCUGGUGGCCAACGAGGUCCUGCAGCCCUUCGUGUGCCAGUGUGCUCCGGGCUACGCGGGGGGCCGGUGCGAGACCGACGUGGACGAGUGCCUGCCGGCCCCCUGCCACAACGGCGGGGCCUGCCGCGACCUGGUGGGGGCCUUCGCCUGCAGCUGCCCCGAGGGGUUCGGCGGGAAGGCCUGCGAGCGGGACGUCAACGAGUGCCUGGACGGCCCCUGUCGCAACGGGGCCGUCUGCCGCAACUUCCCGGGGAGCUUCAGCUGCCUGUGCCAGGCCGGCUUCACAGGCAAAACAUGUGAAUCGCCCAUCAACCACUGCGAGGGCAAUCCAUGCUUCAAUGAUGCCACGUGUCAAAGCCAUGUGGAGACCUAUCACUGCCUUUGUCCCUUUGGUGUCUUCGGCAAACACUGCGAGUUGACCAGCUACGGGUUCGAGGAGCUGUCCUUCAUGGAGUUCCCCAGCCUGGACCCCAACAACAACUACAUCUACGUCAAGUUCGCCACCAUCCAGAGCCACGCUCUGCUGCUCUACAACCACGACAACCGCAGCGGAGAGCGGGCCGACUUCCUGGCGCUGGAGAUCGCCGAGGAGCGGCUGCGCUUUUCUUACAACCUGGGCGGGGGCACCAACCGGCUGACCACCACCAAGAAGGUGUCCGACGGACUCUUCCACACCGUCGUCGCCCGCCGGGCCGGAACGGCUGCGUCUUUGACCGUGGACUCCUGUUCAGAGGGUGAAGAAGAAGGCUACUGUGCUGUCAGCAAUGUUGCCGAAGCCACGGACUGGACCCUGGACGUGCAGUCCAACAGGGUGACCGUCGGAGGGAUCAAGUCGAUAGAACCGAUUCUGCAGCGACGAGGACAGGUGGAGAGCCACGACUUCGUGGGCUGCAUCAUGGAGUUCUCCGUCAACGGGAGGCCCCUGGAGCCCCGCCACGCCUUGGCCGCCCAAGGAAUUUUGGACCGGUGCGUGAGGGUAGAAGGAGCUUGUUCCAACAGCCCUUGCCAACACGGGGGUACCUGUACAGACCACUGGUCAUGGCAGCAGUGCCGAUGCCGCGAAGGAAUGACCGGAAACUUCUGUGAAAAACCCAUCACCCCGGACACCGCGUUAUCCCUCGAAGGCGGAGGCCGCUUAGAUUACCACAUCAGCCAGUAUAAGAAACGAGAAUAUUUAUUAAGACAGAGCAUCGGAAACGCCAUUUUGGACCUGGGAGUAGACAGCAGCCUUGAGAUCAAAUUCCGAACGAGGAAUGAGAACGGGGUCCUCGUCCACAUCCAAGAGAACAGCAAUUACACCACCGUGAAGAUAAAGAACGGCAAAGUUCACUUCACCUCCGACGCCGGGAUCGCUGGGAAAGUGGAGCGGAACGUCCCGGAAGCGGACGUAGCGGACGGCCAGUGGCAUUCCGUGCGGCUCGAGAAGAACUCCUCCCUCACCGUCCUCUCCGUCGACGGGUUGUCGUCCCGGCUCAUCUAUCACCCCACCCAGGAUUUCGGGGGGCUGGAGGUCCUCACCCUAUCCCUCGGGGGCAUCCCGCCCGGGCCGGACCUCCGGACCACCGCAGCAGGAUUUUCGGGGUGCAUCGCGUCCGUGGAGUACGGCGGAGAGAGCCUCCCUCUGGAGGCCCGGCCGGGCCGGGCCUCCCCGUCGUCCUCCGACCCGUCCGUGAAGCUGGGCUGCCGCGGGCCACCCGUGUGCGCCUCGGGCCCGUGCCCGCCGGACCUGCUCUGCGUGGACCGCUGGCACUCCUUCCUGUGCCUCCCCCCGGGGGCCUGCGCCCCCCGACCCUGCCGCCACGGAGGCUCUUGCGAGCCCACCUCCUCGCCCCCGGGCUUCACCUGCGUCUGCCCGGCCAGCCACACCGGGCCCACGUGCGACGUGCCCGUCUCCUGCCGGGGCGCCCCCUGCCCGCCGGGCACCCGGUGCCGCCCGGGGGGCCCCGAGCCCGUCUGCGAGCCGGACGCGGGCGCGGGUCCCGCGGGCGAGCCCUCUCUGCCGCCGUGGACCGUCCCGGCCGCCGCGGGCGGCGGGGCGGCCCUCCUGGCCCUCGUGGUCCCGGCCCUCAUCCUGGCCCACCGGUGCCGGGGCCGGGCGGACGCCCGGACGGCCAAGCCGAAGCAGAAGAAGAAGAAGAAGAGGAAGAAGGGCAGCGAGAACGUGGCCUUCGACCCGCCGGACCGGGGGGCUUCCUUCCCCGACGACCUGACGGUGCGCAAGCAGCCCGAGGGCAACCCCAAGCCGGACAUCAUCGAGCGCGAGAACCUCUACCUGAUCUACGACGAGAGCGACCUGGCCCCCGGCGGCGGGCCGCGGCGGGCCGUGCCCAGCGCCCCGCUGGCGCCCCCGGCCCCUCCGCCCACGCCCCCGGGGGGGCCCGAGCCGGAGCACUACGACAUCGACAACGCCAGCAGCAUCGCCCCGUCCGACGCCGACGUGGUCCAGCACUACCACCGCUUCCGGGCCCACGGGCCCAAGUUCCCCUCCCAGAGGCACAGCCCCCUGGGCUUCGCCCGCCAGUCGCCGCUGCCCCUGUCGUGCCAGGCCCCGCGCCCCUCUCCCGCUCGCCUCAGCCCGGCCCCCUUCGCCAAGGCCGCCACCUUCUACCGCAGCAGCCCGGCCCGGGAGCUCCACCUGCCCCUGAGGGACUGCGGCUCGCCGGACCCCCCCGGCGACCCCACCCCGCCGGGCCUCUUCCCCUACGCCACCCGGCUGAGCCGCCGGAGCCGGAGCCCGCAGGCCGCGGCCGGCCCCGGGUCCAGGCCGGGCAGCCGCCCGCGCCAGCCCGCCGGCCCGCUGGCCCCCGAGCCGGUCCCGCCGCCGCCCCCCGUGGGGCUCUCCGUCGAGGAGGUGGAGCGCCUCAACGCCCCCCGCCCCCGCAACCCCAGCAUCUGCAGCGCCGACCACGGCCGCUCCUCCUCCUCCUCCGACGGGGGCGGCCGCCCGCCCCCGUCCCGGACCCGGAACCCGGCCGACGGGCUCCCGGCCCCCGAGUCCUCGUCCGACAGCGACUCCCACGAGUCGUUCACCUGCUCCGAGAUGGAGUACGAGCGCGACCGGCCGCCGCCCGCCUUCUCCUCGCGCACCCCCAAGCUCAGCCAGGUGGACGAGUCCGACGCCGACGACGAGGGCCUCUCCUCGGCCCGGGCCAGGCCCCGCCGGUACCCCGGCCGGAGGGCGGAGGGGGCCCCCGGCUUCGGGGCCGAGGCGGGACAGGGCCCCAGGCCGGGCCCGCUCUUCGACUGGGAAGGCCUGCUCAACUGGGGGCCCGGGUUCGGACACUACACGGACGUCUUCCGGGACUUGGCCUCCCUGCCCGAGAGGGCCUCCGCGGCCGAGGGGGGUGAGGCGGGCGGGGGGCGGGCCCCCCCCGAGGACGGGGAGGCGGAACAGUACGUGUGACCGGCCCCCCGCCCCCUCCCGGGGUCACGGGCGGGCCUGAGGCGGACGUCUUCCCCUCAGCCGGUGGUGGAGCGGGGUCUCUUCCGCUACCGUGGUGCCAACGUGGAUGCCAGCGAAGCCUGCACGCAGACGCCCCUCCCUCAGCCCAUCCAGACGAGGCUUCCCCCCUCGUCGGAUGAGGAGCGGCGCCGCCCGGCGGGAAGGCCCGGGGGGCAGAGGGACACGCGUUCCAAUCCCAUUUCCACCACUCGCCAGUCUCUCGGGCCAGACCCUCCGCGUCUUGGCCUCAGUCAUCUCGUCUGGAAGAACGGGGAUGUGGCCUAGCGGAAAGGGCCCGGGGCUUGGAGUUGGUGGAUCUGGGGUGCGAAUCCCGGCUUUGCCACUUUACUGCUGCGAGACCUCAGCCCGGUUAUACUCUUCCCCGGCCUUUGGUUUCCUCAUCUGGAAAAUGGGGAUUCGAUCCCCAUUCUCCCUCCCGUGGGACCGGGGCUGAGCCUGACCUAAUCGACCCGUACCCGCCCCAGCACUUAAAACACUACCCGACACACGGUGAGCACUCGGCGAAUCCCAUAACGAUAAUCUCCCCGCAAAACCCGUCGGACGCUUGACCUCUUCCCUUCUUUCCUCCCUUUGACGAGCGGAGAGAGAGGACGUGUCCACCUCCUCGGAAUCCGAGGGGCUCGCAACCACGAGGAUUCCGUGUGCUCCUGAGUGGGGGCGAAGCCCACCUGGGCGCCGAAUGAAGGGAUAACGCAGGAAUAUCGGCGCCCACCCAAACCUCCCAAAUCCACCGCCGUUCAGACGUUAACCUAAAGGAACGACAAACUGUCCGCGUGGGCAUCUCGGUGUGGGCCCACCGGGGGAAAUUCACUGGGGACUACGAGAAGAGCCGCGCAGACUUUCGGGGUGAGAUUUUUUGGGGGGCCAGAGAGAGCUCUGACGCGGAGCUCUUCCCCUCCAAGGACGGCCACGUCCCCUUUCCGGACGCAUGCCUACCCAGAAUUAUUUAUUGUGAAAAAAAAAAAGUCAAACCGCAGCCAAGCCGGGCGGUGUCUGAUGUCAUAGAAACGAUCAAACGACACUCUUCGAUUCCCUUCUACCGCAGUUUUUCACUCCGGGAUAGUUGAUUUUUUUUUUAGAUGAUGUAAAGUAGAAAUUCAUCAAACCCUUGUUUUUCCUGUUUAAGUUGAAGGUCCUUUGUACCGGGUGAAACUUUGGAAACUUGCUUUCUUUUUUUUUUUUUUGUACCUAAACGGUGUUUUUGAUAUCGAUAUUUUCCUACGGUGAAUAGUUUUCUUACAAUCAGGGAAGGUAAGAAAACCACUUUUGUACAUUUGUUACUUAUGUAACAUUCCUAUUUUUCACAUUUUGAUAAAACUGUAACAUAACGUAUGCUUCCUACUUGUAAAUGCCAAUAAUAGAAUUAAAAUAUUUAUUUAAAAAGG